UGAACUAAAGCACAGUUUAAUUUAAUUAGCUGUGUAAAGACCGCAGCACCAAAUAAGAUUGCCUUUUGAGGUGCAGAGUUUAGGACUUCAAUAUACAAACUAGUGAUGUUGGCUGGGAAUGUUCAGCCUUAAAAUAUUCCCAAAGGAUUAGAAUUUGAGCUGAUUGGAGAAGGAGUUUGGCACAAUCUAGAAUGGUUCCGGUUGAGUGGUGGAGGAGGUCAGGUGGGCAGAUUGUAUCUCUGGGACAGAGACAGGGAAAAGCCACAGUAGGUAACUAAAGGAUUUUAAAAGUAGUCUGAAUAUAGAUGACUAUAGAGGCUUUUUAUUAAAGAUUUUGUAUUUUAGCCUGUUUUAAGUAGGACAAAGGAGACUAUAACAUUAUUCUGUCUUUUCAUUUUAAUGAAAUAUUACAUCAAGACAGUUCCUGAGCUCCUUCUGCACUUCUGAGGACUACACCAGCCACCACACGUCUCUCUCCAUCAAGACAUUUAGCACAUUAAAAUUGACUUUUGGGAUUUCCUUAUCUCUAGACAAUGGGGUUUUAUUUGUCUUGAUACCCAUAUGUUCAUAUACAUUUAACCAUGCCUUGCACAUGGAGAGAGCCAGUGAGCAAGCUGCAUUUGUGGAAGAGAUUAUUGAAAGCCUUGCUUGAGGAAUCUAGCAUAUGAAGGAUGAACAUGAAAGGCAGGACAGGAGCAGGCAGCAUGCAGAAAUACACCAGAAUAGAAACUGACUGGCUGAAAAGGAAAACCUUGGACCAUGAAGGACAAAGCCAGACCACUUGCAGGAAUGCACAUUGAAUUUUCAGACCACACUGAGAUCAAUUAGUCAGUUCCAUUCAGCUAUUGCCUUUGUCUUGUCAUGAACCAUAGUCUAGGGAGAAAGUGUCUACUUGGCCUGGCAUUUGCACUUGCUAGGCAAAGUGUUCCCCCAAAGCAACACAGAAGGUCUCUGCAAAAGGAGUCAUAGCUGCUGGGUGGCCAGGACAGACCAGCAGAAGCUGCUUGUCUGCAGUAUAGCUAAGAGUCUAAACUGUGUUACAGUGGAGCCAUCCUCCUGGCUGAGACUGACAAUCUGCCCUUCAACCAAAUUUGAACUAGAGAGAGGGAGGCUGAAAUGUAUGAAGUGGAAAACAGUAACUUGACACCAUGAAGGAUCCCCUAAGCAAGUCUGGCUUUGAAACCUGAGGCACUUCAGAUAAUUUGUGGAUGUCUGCAAUGUUACCAGUCACAGGAAUGUGAGAUGCAGUUGAACAGGAAUCCAGCCAGCGAGUUCAUCUCCCAUCAUCAGCACCUCUUGUGAUGCACAGUGUACAGCGGGCUCACAAACACUCGGGAGAGGAAGAGAGAAGGAAGAUGUGUACUUGCCAGAUAAAUUGCAGGAUGGAGGGACUGCUGCAUUACAUCAACCCAGCACAUGCCAUCUCUCUGCUGAGUGCCCUCAAUGAGGAGCGCCUCAAGGGACAGCUGUGCGAUGUACUCCUGAUUGUUGGGGACCAGAAGUUUCGAGCUCAUAAGAACGUCUUGGCUGCCAGCAGUGAGUACUUCCAGAGUUUAUUCACGAAUAAGGAGAACGAGGCACAGACUGUCUUUCAGCUGGACUUCUGUGAGCCUGAUGCUUUUGACAACGUUCUGAACUACAUUUACUCUUCCUCCCUUUUUGUGGAGAAGGGCAGCCUUGCUGCUGUGCAGGAGCUGGGGUAUAGCCUUGGUAUCUCCUUCUUGACCAACAUUGUUGCCAAAGCCCCUCAGGCUCCUUUUCCAGCCUGUCCCAACAGGAAAAGAGUGUCGGUGGAAGAUGAUGAGACCAGCUCUCAGAAGCGAAGUGUCAUCGUUUGUCAGGGCAGAAGCGAAGUGCCAGGGAAAGCCAGUGGUCCGGCCGUGCAGGACCUGAGCCAUGCUACCUUGGUCUCGCCAAGUGGUACACUCAAGACCAGCACCAAUAAGCCACCUAUGGCCAAGCCACCAGAACAGCUUCACAGUCUGUCUUUAACUGAAAAGAGUUGGCCAAAGGAUAGUGCUUCGGUAUAUGCAAAGUCUCUGGAACAGCCUGGGGCUUUGGAUGAUCCUAACAGGGGCAGUUUGGUUAAGAGAAAUGCAGUCCUACCCCCAAAGCCUUCACAAGACAGGGAGGCCAUGGACGAUAAGCCAGGGGUAAGCAGCCAGCUACCCAAGGGGAAAGCUAUAGAACUGGCUCUGAAGAGACCACGGCCACCUGUUCUGUCUCUCCGUAGCUCAUCAGAGACUCCAUAUCUCUUAAAAGAAACUAGCAAAGGAGGCAGUCAGGGGGAGGAUAGGAACUUGCUCUACUACUCUAAGCUAGGCCUGGUGGUUCCAUCCAGUGGGGCUGCUUCUGCAAAUCAGAGCAUUGACAGAAGUGGCCCAUUAGUGAAAAGCCUCCUCAGGCGGUCACUGUCUAUGGACAGCCAGGUUCCUGUCUACUCCCCCUCCAUAGAUUUGAAGUCAUCCCAGGGAUCAUCCACAACAGCAAAUGAGGCAUCAGGCAGUGUGUUCUGUGCAGUGUCUCAGAAGUCAUCUUUAAAAGAUGGCAGUGAAAAAAAAUCCCUGGAUGACAGGCCUCAAGUGCUACAGCCUCAUCGCCUCAGGUCCUUUAGUGCUUCACAGUCGACAGACAGGGAGGGGACCUCCCCUGUGACUGAGGUGCGCAUUAAGACUGAGCCUAGCAGCCCUCUUUCGGACCCCUCAGACAUCAUCCGGGUCACCGUGGGAGAUGCAGCAACAACUACGAGAGAUCUGCCCCUCAAAAUAGAGGAAGACCAGAGGGACAUAAGCAGACUCCCAGCAAAGAGAAGGUUCCAGGCAGACAGAAGGUCACCUUUGAAGAAGGCAAGGGCAAAUGAGCUUGGGCCUUCUGUCUCAGAAGAGAACUGUGAGGAGGGCAGGAGCCCUCCUUCCCUUGACAGCAACUUCCCAGAUUCUGAAUUAAACAGAGAGGAGUUUGGUGAGUUGGAGGGGACGAGAACAAACAAAAAGUUUAAAUGCAAACAUUGCCUUAAGAUUUUUAGAUCAACCGCGGGUCUUCACCGCCAUGUUAACAUGUACCAUAACCCAGAGAAGCCUUACGCUUGUGACAUCUGUCACAAGAGGUUUCAUACCAACUUCAAAGUGUGGACACACUGUCAGACCCAACACGGCAUAGUGAAGAACCCAUCGCCAGCCUCUAGUUCCCAUGCAGUUUUGGAUGAGAAAUUCCAAAGAAAACUGAUUGACAUAGUGAGAGAGAGGGAAAUUAAGAAGGCCCUGAUCAUUAAGCUGAGGCGCAGCAAGCCUGGCUUCCAGGGACAGAGUAGCUCCCCAGCACAGCAAGUCAUCAAGAGGAACUUGCGCUCCCGAGCCAAAGGGGCCUACAUUUGUGCCUACUGUGGCAAGGCAUACCGCUUUCUCUCUCAGUUUAAGCAGCACAUAAAGAUGCACCCGGGAGAGAGGCCCCUCGGAGUGAGCAGAGCUGCUAAGCCGAAAGAGCGGGCUCUGGCACGCGCGGUAGAGAGCAAGGAGGUUUAUCCGUGCCGCCUCUGUAAUGCUAAGCUCUCUUCUCUUCUAGAGCAAGGCAACCACGAGCGCUUGUGCCGGAACGCCACCGUUUGUCCUUACUGCAGCCUCAGGUUCUUCUCCCCCGCGCUGAAGCAGGAGCAUGAGGACAGGUGUGAGUACAAAAAGCUGACCUGCCUGGAGUGCAUGCGCACCUUCAAGUCUUCCUUCAGCAUCUGGCGGCACCAGGUGGAAGUGCAUAACCAGAACAACAUGGCUUCAGCAGAGAACAUCUCCCUGCCCACCCUGGACCAUAACGGUGAAGUGGCAGCUGCUUCCAGGCCUCAGGCUGAGCCUAGCAAGGUAAACCACAUGGUUGCUCCAAAAGAGGACACAGUAUUUAGUGACUCUUCAGAGCAAGUGAACUUCGAUUCUGAGGAUUCCUCCUGCCUCCCUGAAGACUUGAGUCUUUCAAAGCAACUGAAAGUCCAAGUCAAAGAGGAGCCUGUGGAGGAGGCUGAGGAGGAGGCUCCUGAGGCCAGUGCAGCUCCCAGGGAGGCUGGUCCCAGCAAGGAGGCUGGUCUGUGGCCCUGCGAGAAAUGUGGAAAGAUGUUCACGGCACACAAGCAGCUGGAGCGACAUCAGGAGCUGCUGUGUUCCGUGAAGCCCUUCAUCUGCCAUGUGUGCCAUAAAGCCUUCCGUACCAACUUCCGGCUCUGGAGUCAUUUCCAGUCCCACAUGUCUCAGGCCACAGAGGAGUCUUCACAGAAAGAGGCCGAGGUGUGUCCUGUGCCCACAAAUUCCCCCUCACCACCACCUCUGCCACCUCCACCACCCUUGCCCAAGAUCCAGCCCCUGGAGCCCGACAGCCCCACAGGCCUUCCUGAGAAUCCAACCCCAGCCACAGAGAAGCUGUUUGCACCCCAGGAAUCAGAUACCCUCUUCUACCAUGCUCCUCCCCUUUCAGCAAUCACAUUCAAAAGACAGUUCAUGUGCAAGCUCUGCCAUAGGACAUUCAAGACGGCCUUCAGUCUUUGGAGUCACGAGCAGACACACAAUUAAAUGACCUACCCCUCUCACCUGUCACAAAACAGCAGGCCCUUGUCUUGUGAACUGUGUCCUAAGACAACAUUUUUUUUAAAAAAAUAAAGAUUAGAAAUUCUUAUGUUUGAAUUUUAGGUUUGAGAUAAGUUGAUAUUGGCUAGGAAUGUCCUUCCAUCUUCAAAAACAAACUCGGAAAUAUUGUAGUUCUGGACCUCAACCAGCAGGGGUUUGAUUUUGUUACUGUUGAAGUUGAGUUAAUGUUGGUGAAUUGCAUGGUUCCUCGUUCCAAGGCGUCACUAUAAUUACUUGAUUGAGGUUUUUGUUUUCUGGGUAGUGGGAUAUUAGAGUAUUGUUGGGUUUUUGGUUUUGGGUUUUUUAAAUUUAUUAUUAUUUCAGACAUCUAAGUUUGAGGUAACCCUUAGCCAUGUUUGUAAGGCCAAAAACAUGAGGAAGAAAGGGAGUCAUUUGCAGUAUUGAGUCACAUUUUAGAAUAUCUUAGCAAUAAGAAAAAACAAACCCCAACUUUAAUAAAUUGUCCUGACACUUGAUAAGACAAAUAUUUGGUAUUUUGUGGUCCUAUGAAACUUUCUUUUUGUAUGAAAAUUGUGAGAAUUUAAAUUAGUAAUAGUCACACUUAGAUUUUUUUAAUAAAAUAACAAACUAUCAAUCACGUCAUAUAAUCAGUGAUGGCCAUGUGCUAAGGAAGACAGAGAAAUGGAAACAUGAUUGUGGAGUGCUCAACAGUCAGCAGCAACAGAUUAGUUAUGAAAGCCACUGAUUAGUUGUGUAUGCCUUCUGCAUCAUAGCAGCUUUUAACUGGCACUUUAGAGCUGACAGUGUUUGGUCUCUGCCAGCUUGAAACUCAGGUGUCAUUGGGAUAAGCAGUGCUAGCACGAGGUUAGCAGAGUACAGCUUCACCACAUCCCAGACCAUCAUUUCUUCUAGGGGCUUCAGAGACUGGAGGAAGUGUCAUGUUGCAGCUUUCAUGCGCUUUCCAAGAACUGUAUGCACAACAUACACAUUUCUGUCUGUCUUAUGUGAGGACUUCUAAGGUGAUGCUGAAGUGGAUAGCAUGAAAGUGUCACUAUCUGACAUGCAAAUGUGUAUUAAAGCACUAGCAAAGGUCCAAAAUUAGUUUUUGCAACUUGAUUUGGUAUUAGAGUUUGGGAUUCUUUUUUUUUUUUUUUUUCUGUUACAUGUAGGUUGUAAAUAAAAGCCUCUACAUAGGCAAUAUCCAAAGUUCAGUGGAGUAUUUCAAUAGGCAAAAUUUUGAUUUCACUCCCCCGAGGGAGGGUCACACCUGGAAAGGAAAUUAGGGGAGCACAAACUCCCUAUUUACUUUUGUUGCAAUCUGUUUUCUUCACAUUUUCAGGGUGUUCUCUAGCAGAGAUACUACCCAUCUGCUCACCAACAGUCUGCACCCAUGGUAGCAAAGGCAGUCUUUAUAUUAAAGCAAAGAGUUUUAUAAAUUACUAGUUGACUUUGUAAUUAUAGAAGCUAUAUGUGGAAUUUGGACCUUUAUUCUUUCACUUUAAAAGGCUAUUGAAAAUCCAUAUAUAUGUCUACGUUUCCUAUUUUGUUCCUUAAAUUUUCAGAGAAGGGAAAUAAAAUUGGGUUGCAGCUACAGAUUCUUGCCAUCUGCUUUUUUGAACUAUGCAUUUAGAUAUGAACUAAAAGUGUCCACCUUUUAAUGAAUGAAGCUAGUGCCAGGCUAGGUAGCUGUCCACUGAACUCAUUCCCUGUGGUGAGUAUCUAGUCUCUCCCUCUAACCACCCUGGAGUGUCACUUUUUUAUAGACCAUCUCCCUGCAUGGUCAUCUCCUGUGUAGCUACAGAGCGAUAAUCUCCAAACCUGGCAUUGCCAGCUCAGUGUCCCAGGACUUGAACCUAUGCUACAUUUUUGAAGAUUUAUAAAAUAAUAUUGUUGCAAAAAAAGAAAAAAAAAAGUAUUUUUGAUCUAAAUGUAGGGUCUUCAUAUCUGUUAGGUUUUACAAAUUACCAGUGUUUGUCACCUUUUUUUGUCUAGGAAUAAAACUUAAGAUUUCAAAUAAAAUUUUGAACCAAAAACAUUUAUAAUGCAGUUGUGGCUUUUCUAUUGCUUUUUAUACUGUAUAUUAAAGACAUCAGGCUGAAAGAGUUUAUUUUGGUGUCAAAAACUAUCCUUCCACUCAUGUAACUAUUUUAAAUGCUAAGAAACAAAAUAAUGAAAGACAUUAAUCACUGUAUUCAGUAAACAGAUUUUUAGAGAAUGUUUAUCUCAGCCAGAAGGCAGAUGUUUGGUGUUCAAUAAAUAAGUCUUUCAUCAUUGUAAAUCUUUAGAUAGUAAAGAUAUUCUUGUAAAUGUUUUUCUGAUUGUAAUUAAUUUUUGCAAGUAUAGAAAGCACAUUGUUUCUUGUAAUUAUUUAAGAUGCCUGCUUUUUUUUUUAAUGCAGUUGUGGAAAGAAUGUAAACUCUUUUAAUAUAUUCUUUGUUAAUCUGAGAA